AUGAAUCAAGAAAAUGACCAAGAAUUAAAUGGAGUGAAUAAUGAUAACAGAAAUGAAAGGGACCAUCUAGAGGGAUUCAAUCCAAGUGCUGCUCAUAGAUUCGACUACACUUUGCAGGAUAACGAGAACAGAGAAAAUUAUAAAAACGAAGCCAAACUUGUAGAUUAUGGAACCAACUGGUUCCCAAUAUGUGGUGUUAGCGCCGUUUGUUUUCCUGAACAGCAGCUCCCAAUGAAAUUCGACGAAGAUGAACAAGAGCUGUAUGACAGACUUGUAGCAAGUGCACGAGCUAAUGGUUUUGUUGUUCUAUUCCCAUCUGACAUCAGAGAAUGCGACACCCUCCCUUAUGUUGCUACACUAUCAAAAGUAGUUCAGGCCAAUCCACAAACAUUUAGCAUGGAGCUUAUGGGAGUUCAUCGAUGUAAAGUUUUAUCUUACAACUUGGAAAACGGCGAAGCAUUCGUUCAACUGCUACCAGAGGUAGAGAUCCCAGCGUUGCUUCCAAAGCACCUUCCGAAGUAUAGUCGAAGAUAUUCAAUGUAUGAGAGGCGUUCGCUGGCCACUCGUAUCACCGGGUACCCGUUUGAUAGUCUCCGAGACAUUAGCAGAAAUCAAGCUGAGCAAUGUUGUUUGGAACUUAAAGGGAUGAUAGGAGAAGAAAUUCUUCAACAAGCAUUGAAUAGAGGAUUGACAUACUUCAGUUACUUCAUUUCACAACAAAUUUUUUCAAAUCGUGAAACAGAAUAUAGUCUUCUCAAAGAAGAUUCAGCGAAUACUCGGAUUGCUGCUGCUCUGAAGUAUUGCAAAGUUUCUAUAGGGAAGUGCAGAAGAUGCUUUGCACCUAUUUUCCUUAAUGAAAAUAUCAUGAGGCUCCCAGAACAGACAAUGACACAUGUUAUUGCUCAUGGAUUCGUUCAUAAAAUUACUUUACUGUCAUCAAUCACAAACUAUGUUCGAGCUAGUGCACCUUCCUAUGAGUUUACAUGGUUUCCCGAUUAUGCCUGGAUCAUUAUCCAAUGUGUAGGGUGCCAUCAACAUCUUGGAUGGGAAUACAUGAGUAUGACUCGUGAGCCACAACGCUUUUUUGGAAUCCAAAGAGAAGGAGUUCAGUUUGAAAACGAUAUAGCUGAGGAAAGGGAUGACGAUAACAGUGACCCCACCGAGAGCUCCGAUAGUCUUUCUGAUGAAGAGUCGGACUGA